CCUGGUAGUGGCGGCCCCGCCCCCGGCGCCACGUCCGGCGGGCCAUGGCGCUGACGCUGUACGCGCUGCUGCAGGCCGCGCUGCUGGUGGUGAACGCGGUGGCCGUGCUGCACGAGGAGCGCUUCCUGCGGCAAGUUGGCUGGGGAAGUGACCAAGGGAUUGGAGGAUUUGGAGAGGAACCAGGAAUUAAAGCACAGCUAACCAACCUGAUUCGAUCUGUCCGGACCGUUAUGAGAGUGCCAUUAAUAGCAGUGAACUCCGUUACAAUCCUCCUGUUGUUGUUGUUUGGGUGAAGAGACCUGCUGGGAAAUCUGGUGGACAUCCAAAGAAGCAAGUUGCUGCCCAUCACUGCUCUUGAGUUUUCUGGGAACCCAGCACGGUUUAGCUGUCAAAUUGACGUUCAGCUCCAAAACAAUAAAGACACUUAUUUCUACUUAUCCCAAUUUCCUAAUGUUCACUUUGCAGUUUCAUUAAACAAGAUUCUGGGAUCAAGGCAACAACGCUGCUGAUGUACUGGACUGUGACAAGUGCUGUUGCUGCCUGUUCAUAGCGCCGACUGUGUCGUGACAUGUUGCCGUGGUUGUCGACGGGAUGUGGUUUUUAAAUGUCUCCUUAACUCAGGGAUGAAUUUUCCUUCAGCACACUUCCCAAUUUCUUUCUAAAAUUAAGGAAAACAGCAUUUCCAUUACCACCACACUACUAUUUAAGGGAAUGCAAACACUCUGCCAACAUGUUGUAAAUUAUUGAAGUAGAGUUGUGAUAUUGGAGGAGAUAAAACUUAACUGGGUGAAGUUAAGUUCACGUUGGAAGUCGAAUGUUCCUGAUUUGAUUUGGACCAGGAUAUUUCUCUUGGCGUUUUGAUAGACUUUUCAAAUCAAAGAGUGUUUCAUGCAAAUGGUGAAAUAAAUGGAAAACAGGUGCAAGUGCUAUGCAAAAUCUGGAAAAGCUGUACCUAAAGCUAGGCCACUCUUGUUAAUUUAGACUAGCAGGUGGUAAUAGUAAUUAGCAUUUGUUACUGUUCUGUCAAGGAUUAUUAUACUUUUUAAAAUGUGUGUUAAACUUCUGCAUGGUGAUCAGUGUGUUGGAAGUGGGGAACCAUUUGUAUUCUGAGCUUGGGAUAAUGUGGGAGGGGAAUUCUUUGUUAAAAACCAGUGAAUCUGCAGCCUCUUCUGUUCCUGCUGCUUCUUCCCCUCCCUCCAUCUUCCUUCAUUAAAUGAACAAUUUCUGAAAUGGAAACGGCGGGUUUGAUCUUGCAGUUCUGUCACAGGAAGUACUGCUAAUUGGUCUUGUCCGUGAGGGUGAGGUCUGAUGUUAUCAAGUCUGGACUGAAGAAGGUUGAAGCUCAGGUACCUUUUUAGCAAAAUGUAGAAGUCUUAUGUCUGUUCCUCAAGUGUUUUAGCUUCUUUUUCAAGGAAGGCCAAAGGGAAGCUGGCAGUUGAGAACAGCUUUAGCUCAUCAUCUCUUCUGCCAUCUUGAUGACUGAAGCAUUCAAAGAUAAAUCUGUCAAAGGUGUAAAUGAAUUUAAUGACCUUCAGUUGCAGUGCUUAGCAGAGUAACCUGUGUCCAGGAGGAGAGUUUUAUGUUUCUUUUUUUCUUUAUUUAGUGAAAACUUGUAAAUAAACUUGGAAUUUCUAAGUUAA